AUGCUUCAGCAUACUCCAACAUCUAUCAAGAUGGUAAAAUAUUUCUUGAAAAAAAUUAUAAAUUUUAUGUACAAGCAAUAAUAGGUAGAUUAUAAAAUAUUAUCAAAUAUGCUAUAAAUCGUAUUAGAAUUGCUUACUCCCCCCCUCCGUGAGUGAACAAACAAAUUUUGUUCACUCACGGAGGGGGGUUAAAUUUUUUUUUUUAAUAAAUUUAUAUAUAAAUUUUAUAAAUUGUUUUUCGAAAUUCAAAAAAUCCUAAUUCGCAAAAAUUGGAAAGCAAAUAUUAAUUUAAUUUAUAAAAAUUUAUGUUUUAAAAAGCAAAUUUGUUUAAAAUUACACAGAAUUAGCUCUAGAUUUCAUUAUGCUAAUAAAUUUUUUUUCCAUAAAAAUUUUUUGUAUUAUAAAAAAAUUUUUGUUCACUCACGGAGGGUGGGUUUUUGGGCAAAAAAUAGCGAUUUUUCUAAUGGUUUUGUUCACUCACGGAGGGGGGGGGGUUAGGAGUAAUUAUAAGUAAUAUAAUAUUUGAUAUUUAUCAAAUAUAGGUAUUUAGAUAGAGUAGGGUAUUUUAAUACUUAAUCAUAUGAAAAUCGUUCGAUCAAGGAUAGGGUAUUUUUCAAUUAAUUUUCAAUGAAAUUAUUCGAUCAAGGAUAAGGAGUUAGGUAUAAUCCUGAAGCUUAUCAGCAUUUCUCCUCAAAAAUCGACCCGAUUAAGAUUAAGAUUAGACUGCAUCUUUAAGGUCUCACUUACUGUGCACAAAUGCUCUCUACAGCAACUGCAGUAGGGUUGCAUUAUGUAAUACUUUCAGCCCGGCUUCUUGGCAGUGCGCGCCAUUUUGACCUGGACUCGGAUUUUGCUGGGAGGCUAUUUUCCAACUCUGAAGCCCUAUUAGCCAGCUUAGCUCAGACCAGAUAGCUCCUUAGUGACUCUUUUCAACUGGAGAGGUUGCAGCCUUGAGUCUUAUCUUCUUGUUUUCCUUUUUUCUCCAAGGAAAAACACAACCGCUUCAGCGAUUCGGGACAGGCUACCAAACAGCUUAAGCAAAUAAGCUCCUUGCCUCUAUAGGACACCCAUUUUGGGCCUGGGUGCUGCUUGCAAAAAGAUUCAAAAACUACUUCUUUUCAGGCCGCUAAUGAGCUGAAAUAGUGCUGAGCUUCUCACAUCAAGGCUAUCUACCCUUAGUUAACAACCAAAAUCCACAUCCAGAUAUACAAUGACACCCAUCAUGAAUAGAACACUUCUGUCGCCAGCCAUUAUAUAUAAAAUCGACCCUAUAAGUGGAUUCCACACAGUUCUAAACCUUCCUCACAGGAAUCAAGCAUUACAUCGAUGUUCUGAAAUCAAAAGAUACCAAAAGUUUUAUGAAGAUGCAUACUCAUCUCUUAUCAUAAAAUCAAUUAUUAUCAUCCAAAAACACGUCCGCAGCCUUCUUGCUAAAGCAAAAGUCCGUAGAAGAAUUGCAGAAAUCGACUACGAAACAAAUUACAGAUGCUCUCUUAUUAUUCAAUGCGCUUACAAUGCAUGAACAGCAGCUCAGCUUGUAAAGAAGCUUAAAGCAGACAACAGAGAUAGAAUUCUGCGUCUAAAUUCAGCCAAAAAAAUCCAAAAACUUUUUAGACUUAAACAGCUUCGAUCAAAGACUUUUUUCUUUGCAAUUGUAAACAAGAUUUCGAGGAUUCGAAAAAUAGCAGCUUGCAAAAUACAAAAAGUCGCAAGAGGCUAAAUUUAAAAAAUUUUUAAAAAUGUUUUAGUAUGAUUUAUUUAUUUUUAAUUUUUAACACCCAGAGGCUAUAUAGUAAGAAAAGACCUCCCAUUCAUAAAAAACUUAAAAUUAUCAAGACUUGUAAGGUGGAGGUAUGACGCCGAUGAAGUCUCCAUUGUAGGUACCUUUACAAAUCCGCCAUGGAAGCAUCAGAUUCCUUUGGUGUAUUCUGUAUUUUUGAAGGAAUUUUUUUCAACUUAUUUUAUUGACAAUAAAUUGACCCCAGGGAGAUAUUAUCUGAAAUUCAUAGUCGCUGGACAAUGGCUCUGUGAUGGAAAUAUGCCAAUUGCGCAGGAUAUUGAAGGAAAUUAUAAUAACCUGAUGGUUAUUGCUUCAGAACGAAAACCAUUACCUAAAGCUUCAAGUACUCAGUCUUUAAUAGAUAACCCUUUAGGAAUUUCUAAGCCAGUGCCUCAGUCUCCUUCUAAACCUCCUCAAAAAUUAUUAAGGACCUUAUCAGGAGGUUUAUAUGACUCAGCCUCCUCCACAGCAUUUUUAAAUCAGCCAGAAAGCACAGAAGACGUCGUCUUAAAGUUUGGGUACUUUAUGGUAGCUUAUCCAAAACAAAGACAUGCACCUUUAACAAGUGAAGGGACCGCUGACGCUAUUUUUAUAGACGAUGAACUUCAGAUAUUUGGCCUGUCUGAUGGUGUAGGGGAAUGAGAAACCUAUGGCUUAGACUCCAGCUUAUUUUCCCGUGAAUUAAUGGAAAAUUGCAAAAAAGUCUUUAGGGAGUACGAUUUUAAGCCGGAAAAUGAAAAUUGUGAAUUUUUAAUUGAGGUGCUUGAGAAAGCUUAUAAAAGGGUAAAAAGCUAUGGAAGCGCCACUGCAUUUUUGGGGAUGCUGAAAGGGUAUAAGCUAUAUACUUUGUGCCUAGGGGAUUCUGGGUUUAUGGUUAUAAGGGAAAGAGAAGGGACUGAUCAGUAUGCGACUGUUUAUAGGUCUUCAGAACAGCAGCAUUCUUUUAAUUGUCCUUAUCAACUAGCUUUUUUGCCAGAGCCUGCAGAGUACCCUGUUUUAAUUGAAAAAGGAUUGAACUCACUUGUGGCUUUAUUGAAAAAGUCAAAUAGAGCGUCUCAGGACAUGCCUUCUGACGCUUAUACAGAAAUUAUUAAUCUUGCUCCUGGAGAUAUUAUUGUGGUAGCAACAGAUGGGCUUUUUGAUAAUUUAUUUGACCAAGAUGUGAUAAAAAUUUGUGAAAAUAAUAAAGCAUUUAGGAAUGAUAAAUUUUGCAUAGAAACUGCUAACUUUUUUAAGAAAUUUUUUUUCUGAAAAAAUACAAUUGAGGCUAUAUCCCUAUAAAAGUAACUGUUUUUUAAAAAAAAAUUAGCUGGGGUAAGGAGCUUGUUAUUAAUGCCUUGCAAAAAGGCACAGAUUCAACAUAUAGGUCACCAUUUUCUAAAAACGCAGCUAGAUAUGGUAAGAGAUUUAUUGGAGGGAAGCUUGAUGACACAUCAGUUAUCGUAGCCAUAGCCAAUCUCAAAAAUAAUAUUUAA